AUGUCUCACUCACCAGCAGUCAGCAGACGCGCUUCAAGUGAGAAGAAGGCUCGCACGUCGCUCGAGGAGACAAAACAGGAGGAACGGAUCGACGAUGUCACUGCCUUGAACGUCAAGCUUGCCAACCCUCUUGCAGGCCUCUCGCACGAGCAACUCAUCAGUGACGCGGCGGAGUUCGCCAGGACACAUGGCCUCGAACACCUCACAGAAGAGUUCAAGAAAGGAGCUCUGAUCGCUCAGGAUCCUGCCGCCUUCGAAAGCCUUCCUCUUCUCACGGAGGAAGAUAGAGUCCAUCUUCGAAGAGAGCUUACGAACAAAUGGGACCAGCCUGCCACUCUCUACUACCUCGUCAUUCUCUGUUCUGUGGCUGCUUGCGUUCAAGGGAUGGAUGAGGCUGUUAUCAAUGGCGCCAACCUUUUCUUCGCUCUGCAAUUCGGCAUCGAUCCCAAAGCCCAAGAUGGCAAUGCGAGUCGAAAUCAGUGGAUAUUAGGCCUCGUCAAUUCCGCUCCAUACCUGUGCUGCGCCGUGAUUGGUUGCUGGCUCACUGAGCCUCUCAACCGCUACUUGGGUCGGCGUGGCACAAUCUUCGUUACCGCGACCGUGUCUUUCCUGGCGUGUAUUUGGCAAGGUGUGACCAAUUCGUGGCCCCAUUUGUUCAUCGCUCGGUUUGUCCUUGGAUUGGGCAUUGGCCCCAAAUCUGCCACUGUCCCUGUCUAUGCUGCAGAGUGUGCUCCCUCUCCCAUUCGUGGUGGUCUGGUCAUGAUGUGGCAAAUGUGGACCGCCUUUGGUAUCAUGAUUGGAUAUGUCGCAGACCUUGCUUUCUAUCGUGUUCCCGACAAACCUCAUAUCACUGGUCUCAAUUGGCGUCUUAUGUUGGCUUCGGCUGGGAUUCCCGCGCUCGCCCUCAUGGCUCAAGUUUUUCUCUGUCCUGAGUCGCCUCGUUGGCUGAUGGGCAAAGGUCGGUAUGAUAAAGCUUACCGAUCGCUUGCACGGUUGCGCCGUCACCCUAUCCAAGCUGCUCGGGAUCUGUACUACAUCCACGUUCUUUUGGAGGCUGAAAAUGAGAUCACCGAAAGCAAGAACAGGUUCAAGGAGCUCUUCACCGUUCCACGUAAUCGUAGGGCUACCUUAGCCUCAUUCAUUGUCAUGUUCAUGCAACAGUUCUGUGGCGUCAACGUCAUCGCGUACUACUCUUCGUCUAUCUUCACUGAGGCGAACUUCAGCGAAAUUCAGGCUUUACUGUCGUCGUUUGGUUUUGGUGCCAUCAAUUUCACUUUCGCGUUCCCUGCCGUGUGGACCAUUGAUACCUUCGGGCGCCGCAAUCUCCUGCUUACAACAUUCCCUCUGAUGGCCAUCUUCCUUCUCAUGACCGGAUUUGCAUUCUGGAUCCCUGAAGAUAACAAAGCUCGCAUCGGAAUCGUAGCAUUAGGCAUUUAUCUUUUCGGUUGCGCCUACUCGCCUGGUGAGGGCCCUGUGCCUUUUACCUACUCUGCAGAGGCCUAUCCUCUCUACGUUCGAGACGUUGGUAUGUCGUUCUCUACCGCGGUGCUGUGGUUCUUCAACUUCAUCAUCGCAAUCACAUUCCCGCGUCUUCUCGGAGCCUUCAAACCCCAGGGCGCUUUCGGCUGGUAUGCUGGAUGGAAUAUCAUCGGUUUCUUCCUGGUGCUGCUUUAUGUUCCCGAAACAAAAGCACUCUCGCUAGAGGAACUCGACCAAGUGUUCUCUGUUCCUACGCACACCCACGCUGCAUAUCAGCUCAAGGCCCUUCCACGAAACAUCAAGAGACACAUCUUCCGCAUGAAUGUCGAAGAUGUUCCCCCGCUGUACGAGCACGAAGGUGCCAUCGGCGAAAAACACUACGCGCCGGGUGGUGUGGGCGCUGCCUAGUCUUCAUCCGCUUUCCAGCCCAUGGCCCAACUCAUCCCACCCGUUCUGUUAUUCUUUUAACGGUCUCAUAAGGCGCUGUGCUGUAUUCCCUUGCAUCUAAAUGACGAUCGCUACGACCGGCAGAUGCAAUGUGCUUGUAUCCUAAUGUGUAUGUAUGUGUGUAUGUAUAUGUAUACCUGCUAAUGGGGCUCGCUGCCGCAUCUGUUCUCGUUUCUUAGUUGCUUUACCGUAUUCUGAGACGAGACUCUGUAUUUCUCUUAGCGCUCAAAGAUAUCUAUUCAGAAGUCAGGUCGUAUUCCC